UUCAUAUUGGCUUUGCUUACCACGGGCACACUACCAUUGUCUGCAAAAUAUUUUAAACAAAAAGUGCUUGUUAAUUAAGUAAUAUACUUAAUAUUAGUGGCUUUACUGCCCUGAUUUGGGCGGAAAUAGGAUUGUGCAAGUGUUUUCUUUGAUUUUUUGGUAUUACUUUGUGCCCCUUGACUCGUUCGUGUAUCGCCGUCUUGCUCUCACCCCCGCAAUCAGCUUCGUGCGUUUUUUGUGCAUUUUUACACACAACUCACACAAUUGUGCGGCCAAGAAUUUACACUUAUUUUUUUCGCUUGAAAAACAAAACGAAUAAAGCCAAAAUUAACGCGACAAUGUGCAAGUGCUACUAGAUCUUCGGCCAGCGGUGUAUUCCGCGGAAUUCUACCGACAAAAAAAUGGAGGAGGAUAAUGCAAAGGCCUUAAAAAACAACAAUAACAACAAUAAAGGACGCCAGCAGCUGCAGGGACACGCCCACAGCACCGCCACCGCCUCCGUCGAUAUAUUUAUAUUUGAUUUAUAGUAGUAGUAGUAGUCAUGCCAACAACAAAAAUAGCAACAACAAAUAGUUGCGAAGAAGAAGAAGCAGUAAUAAUACAAGAAAAUUGCGAUACGCCAAUGGCGACCCCAACUACAACAACAAUAACAACAUUAGCGAAUGCAGCAGCCACAACAACAACAAAGCACCGGGAAGAAGAACCAGCGGCGGCGGCAGCGUCUAGCAAAACAAAAACAACAACAACAAUAUUAGCCGCUGCAGCGGGAUGCCACAAACCGUUAUUCUUCAGUCGCCGCUUUCAGGAUAAACGGAACUUUAGCUCGCUACCGCUUUUCGUUUACGCGACCUCCCCAUCGACGCACGCCCACUCCGCGGAUGGGGUGGGCGUGGCCAAGGAGGCAGCCGCUUUUAGCCAGAAGAAUGAAGGCUUCGAACUUUCCGCAACGCAUGGCACCAGCAAAACGGACGGAAGCUGCAUCGGCCACCUCAGUCAGAGCAACGGGAUCGGGAACGGAAUCGGAAUCGGCCUGGGUAUCGGUAUCGGAAUCGGGGGCGUCAACGGAAGCGGCGGAAACAGCGGCCACCAUCUCGGCGGUGGAGGAAGACUGCGCACCACUGACCUGGCCAGCGGGGCCAUGGAGUGCCUGCCGAUGAGCAGCUCCAGCGCCCACCACCACCCACAUUUGAUGGCGGGUGCGGGGAGCGUUGUGGGAGCCGUUUCCGCCUCGCCUACGGCCACCGUCGUGGUGGGGGCCACGUACCCGCACCACCUGCACCACCACCACCACCUGAGCCACCACACGCCCUACAGCAACAGCUACGGCAGCCAUCAUAUCCACAGCGAGCAGACCAAGUCGCUGCAGGAGCUGCAGCACGAGGUGGGCGCCCUGCUCGAGUUCCGGGACCUGGUCAUCGAAACCUUCCCCGACCUCAAGCACAAGAUGGCCUCCAUGUCCGCCACGCCCUCCACGCCCACGUCCUCGGUGGGCGCAAUUGGCGGGAGUCAUUCGGUGGGUGGCGGCAGCUCUUCGUUAGCCACAAGCAGGCGCGAAUGGGAGCCCGGCAUACGCAUGAAGCGCAAACUAUCGCAUAAGGAACCGUCCACGUCGUCAGCGUCGGCAGCUGCUCCUUCCUCCGGAGCGGAGGCUUCGUCCUCGUCGCUGACACGCAGCCGCAGCAACUCGCACAGCGGCAAGAAAGAGCCAAAGAGCGGAGAGAACAACAACGGGAGCGUUGUGCAAGACUCCGGCUUCUCAACGGAGACCAGUUCCUCCAAGGAGGGCCACAGUGCCUCCUCCACCAACGGUGCUAUGACGGUGGCCAUAGCAGCGAAUCGUUUGAGCUGUCCGGAAUCGGAUGAUGAGCUGCUCAAUCUGCUGGACGUCAUCCACCGCAAGUCGAAUCGCUUACGCGAGGAGGUGGAGCAGUUGCAGAGCUACGAGCGGCAGCAGGGGGAUGCCCAGAAGACAGGAGGCGAGGGCUCGAAGGGAGCGAACAAGGACGCAAUGACACCGCAGCAGUUUAGGGAGCAGGUGGAACGACUGAAUCGCGAGGACAUCAAGCAGCUCCGCAAGGAGCGCGAUCGCCUGCUGGACAAGCUGGCCGAAAUGGAGGCGGAGACGCUGACCGGUCGCAUCAAGGCGGCCAAGAUGAGCGACCAGGUGGAGGAGCUGGUGGGCGUGAAAAAGGAUCUCGAGGAGCAGCUGAAGCUGGCGAUGGCCCAGAAGCUGGAGCUGAGCUCGCGGGUGCAGCAGUUGCAGCAGCAGCAGCAACAACAACAGCAAAGCAAGAGCUCUUCCAGUGGCAGCCAGUCGGAUUACUCCAGUCAACGCAACUUUCUAUCCUCAGCAACCACGGUGCUCUCCAAUGGCAGUCGCCCCAGCAGCAACAUCAUCAUCAGCAACAACAACAACACAUUCCAGCCGGUCGUUCUCGAUCAGCCAGCGCAGGAAGCAUUCCAUCAAAGCUCAGGCAGUGAUACAACAUUAAGGAAACAGCAGCAGCAGCAACAGCAGCAGCAGCAAUCCUUGGGACGCCUUGAUGGCAUCGUGAGCACUCCCGGUUCGCGCAACUCCAAAUGCCGCACGGCCGACUCCAAGCGCUUUGCGGCCAUUCUCCUCGAGACGAAUGUGGUGGAGCUGCAGCGCCAUCUGCUCACGCUGACCGUGCAGAACCAGGUGCUCGCCCAGAAGCUGGACUCGUCCAGCAAGUCCAAGACGCUGCUGGCCAAGCGGCUGGACAAGAGCAGCGAGGAGUUCGAGCACCUGCGCUACCAGCUGGAGGAGAAGAGCAUCGAGCUGGAGGGCACCAAGGCGCAGUUGCGUCUGGUGGAAUCGCGCCUUCAAUCGAGCAACAGCACCACCAACUCGUAUCUGCACUCGUCGCAGCAUGACUACGAAACGAAUCGCUCCUCGGCUUCCACCACAUUGAUGCUGAGUCGUCGUGGCGUUUCCGAUUCCGUGGACUCCGCCUCGACGGCCAUGCCCGCCCCGCCCGUCACGCAGAUCAGUACGCCCAGCAUGAAGGCGAUGGUGCCGCUGGCCAUGGACGAACUGCAGCAGCACAGCAGCAGCACAGAGUCGGCGCACGAGCACGAGAAUCAGCCACCGCGAACGCCGAACAACAGCACCGUUUCCCCGCUGAGCAAGACGAUGAUCAAUGCGAGUCCGUUGCCGGUGGGCAGCAGUACGCCCAGCAGCAUUGCCGCCCGCGUGAUGAGCAUCAGUGUGGGCGGUGUGAGUCCGUUCGAGGGCGUCACUCCGCCGCCGCGACAGAAUGCGUUCCGAAAGUUCGGGAGUGCCAGCAAGCCCAGCAAGAUUCCGCUGCCGGGCAGCAAGGCGGCUGCUUACUUCUCUGGCAAACCGCCGACGGGAAGACCUUCGACGGCGGGAAGAUCACCGCCGUCGGCGCACAAUUCGAGCAGCACGUCGUACGGUAGCAAAUCCUCGCUGAGCAGGAGCACCGGUAACUUGCAGAGCUUGAGGAGAGCCGAGACGUCCGCCUCCAAUCAUUCGCUGAGCACGAACACGAGCCGCAGCUCGACCUCGUCGUCGAUACCGCUGGCCACCACACCCUACUCAUCCGGCUCGACUGGCAAUCGCAGCCAGCCGAUGGCCGCAACGACUCCGUCCCCGCGUGUGCUCCAGAACUCGCCGCUGCCCAAGCUGAAGCGGGAUACGAUCAGCUCGAGGGUGCGUCAUCUGGACUCGCUGUCGCGUGCCCAACAGUCGCCAGACGGCAUGAAGGGUAAUCCGAACACCAAUGCCACCUCCAUUGCCGCCCAGUUGAGCUCCACGCUGCGCAAGGACCUGCAGCUGAGCGGAAAUGGAAAUGGAACGGGUGCAUCGUAUCAUCAGCACCACCAGUACCAGAACCAUCGGCGCAGUGGCCACUCGCCGGCGUCGAAUUCGUCGGGCAGUGGAGUGUCUCGGCGGUACAGUAGUGCCUCGACUGGAGGCUCCGGUGGUCGGGCGAUCGGAAGGGAUCAGGGCGAGAACACCACGCCCACUUCCAGUUUUGGCGGCGACAGUGAUAGUGGCAAGAAUUUGGUCAACCCCGUUGUUGAAAUGCCAAAUUUCCGUGUCAAUAACCAAAACUGGCAACUGUGGCAAACGAGCAGCAGCAAGGGGAGAGUUCAGAUGGAACCCUAUCUGCCGCAUGAGCUGCACGAUGUUUCCGAGGAGACGGCCUACGAUUCCUACUACACGGAGUACACAACGCCCGAUUCCAUGGAUUGUGGCAGCGACAAUCUCUUGGUCACCUUCGACUAUGGAUACAGUGACUCUAUCGAGGCAAGAGCUGAUCCUGCGGCGAAGGAGGAUGAUCGGGGCGAAGGCGCUGAUCCCGAAUAUGGUGAUGGGUACGCUAAUGUGGAUGCGGAUGCAGAGGGCGCCAUUUGGUUUGGCACUCCGCCGAAGGAGAAGAAGGACGCCAAACUGUUUGAGGUGCAUCAUGUGCAGCACAAGCUGCUCGAUGACAGCCUCCAGUCUCUGAUUUCCUACGACGUCGAUGAUUUCGAGGAGGAGCUAUCCGAUCCCGAACCAGAUGAAGAGAUCUUCUAUGACAGCAUUGAGUGCACUUGAAAAUCUUGGGGCAGGUGGCAGUUGGCAGGUGUUUAACUAUCAUAUCUAAACUAGUCUUUGUUUUCAAACCCUCUUUCACACAUUUUUUGUAAUUAUCGGAGGAAGUAUGAGAAAUAUAUGUAUGUAGCUGUAGUAUAAUGUUAUGUGACGUAUAUAAUGUUGAUUUUAGUUUAUUCAGCUUGGAUAUCCAAGAGCCCUGCAAUGAGCGAUUGUAAUUGAAUUGAAUUGAAGUGAAUUGAAGUGAAUUGUGACUGAAUCGGAUUGAUCGUACUGUUUGUUUUUUUACCCCGUUAACCAUUCAGGGCUUUAGUCUAUAUAAAUGAUGGUUUCUUCGACUAUUUAUUAGUAGCAUAUGCAAAGUAUGCCUUACCCACUAUCUGUAUGUAUUAUUUAGAUCGUAUCGAGUUGAAUGUGUGCAUCUUUGUAAGAGUCUUAAGUUAGUUAUCCUGCACCAUUGCCUAUUUACUCAAAACUACAUUUAAAUUUACUCGUACUAGGACGGCUAAGUAGUUUAGUUGUUAAUCAAAUUUAGUUAACACAUCGCAUCUAAUGUAUGUAUGUACAGUUUGAUAUACUACCUAAUUAUGUAUGUAUUCUAUUUAAGUCGGAAGGCAAAUGUAAUAGGGUCUAUCUAUCAUGUUAUCACGAAACUGCGUUUACUACAUUUAUAAAUCCAGACAGACAUAGAAGUGAAGGAAACCGACAAUUAUGAUUCAUAUUAAAGCUAAUAAUAAUAUAUUCAAAAGGCAGCAAAUGUAGACAUGUAUCCAUUUAAACCGCAAAUGUAAUUGAUAAACACAUAUAAAUGAAAAAAAAACUAAAAUAAAAGCAAUAAAAAUUUA